UACACAUAAAACUAGUCCAAAUAGGUGUUCUCAGAGUAUACUAAGUUUCUUGAGCCACAGCUUACUCCUAAAAACUAGUUUUCUGUUUAGUUUAGAACUUGAUGCUAAGGCAGAGGUUUUCUGUGCCUCUGUCUGUUCUGGAAUCAGUCUCAUAGAUUUGUGAAAAUGUAGUUGGUUCACCGUUGAUGCUCAUAUGAAUCCUGUCAUAGCUCUGCAGUCAGUGGCCGUUCCAUGACAUAUGACAUGACAUCCACUGCUUCAGACUGCAGUCUGCUCCCGACUAGCCUCGCCAGUAGCAGUGCGGUGAGUGCAUCUGUGUCUCAAAGUCGAGAGAGGAUUCUCAAACAGCUUCAUUUCAAGGAAGCUACAUCAUCAGUUGCUGCUGAAAAUGUUAUGUUGUUCAGGAUUCUUCAAAUUGUAAUAGAUAAAUAGAAGUUAAAAGAUUAAAUAAAUUCCUGCCAGUACACAUUAUGAUGAAGCGGUCUUAAAAUACAACUGAAAAUAAUAGCACCAAGAAAAUACUUUUGGCUGGAUUUCUGUAUGGAGAAAAGAACAAUACAAAUUUUAGCUCUAAUCUCAUGUAUCAAAGAUAAAAAAACAAGUUUGAUGAAAAAAUAUACAAUGUCUAUGAAACGUAUUCACCCCCUUGGAUGUUUUUCCCAUUUAUUGCUUUUAUAAACAGCAAAUAAAAUUUGAAUUUUUUUAGCCAGAAUUUUUAAACAAUAUUUUUAUUAAUUUUCAAUCAGAACAGGACAUACAAAAAGAAGAACAUACAAACCACAGGGACAAUUCCACAAAAAAAUAUAAAUAAAAAAUAAUAAUGAUAAUAAAAUUGUCACUCUCAAUAACCUUGCAGAUAAAUAUCUACUGUUGCUUGAAAAAGUCCAUUAAGGGGGUCCACACCUCUUCAAAUUCUUACACUUUACCCCUAAUCACAUAGGUCAGUUUUUCUAAUGUAACACACAUCUCUCUAAUCCAAGAUUGUGUAGAGGAUACUUCAGAGGAUCUUCCUGGCCUGCAGGAGGCCAAAGUUGAUCAGAGUCUUACACUUGGAGUUAACAGAAAAGCAAUCUGGGUAUAUCCCUAAAAUACAAAGUUUUGCUACGCAGGGUACCUGAAUACCUGUGAUUUGACUUAGAGUGCAGACAACUAUUCUCCAAAACGCUGCCAGUUUUGUACAUUCCCAUACACGAUGUAUAAGUGCCUUUCUCAGUGAAACAUUUCACAUGUGUCAGGAAUACUAGGGGAUCAUUUAUUGAGUUUAUCAGGGGUUAUGUAUGUCCUCAUUAGCCACUUGUGUUGUAACAGCUUCAUUCGAGUAUUAAUGGUUUGUGACUGAACUUUUAAACAAGCUGUCGCCCACUCAGUUUCUUCAAUAUCUUCCUUAAUAUUCAAACUCCAUUCCCUUCUUCUAUCAUGACUAGAUUCCACAUCAUGUGAGACAAAUGCUGUGUAUAAUAUAGAAUUGAGAGAUGGGGGGUAUAUCACCAAUAUAUCUAUGAGCUUUAACCCAUAUAUCAAUACAGUUUUUAAGGAAGGGAUUUGUUGUGUUUUUCUUUAAAAACACAAGACAGGUGGAAACGUCUUCAAAGACAAAUAACUAAGUCCAAUUGCUUUCGAUUGAAUUUCCUUGAGAUAACCAUGACCUGGAUGAAUGAGAAUAUUCACAGGUUUUUCUUUAAAGUUUCAAAAUCUGCUGAAUAUAAAUAUGGGCUUAAAGGCAGCUUUGAUAUUGAUGUUUUUUUGAUAUAAAUCCAUGAUGGAGGAGAAUGUAUAGCAAAAUAAAACAGCACUGCGUAGCUGAGCGGCCCAGUAAUACCACUGUAAACAGGGCAGCUGUAACCCACCCCUAUCAUAUGGCAAAUACAAUAAUCUGAGUCUUAGUCUAGGUUUUCUGUUGUUCCAGAUAAACCUACAAAAUGCAUCAUUCAUUUCUUUUAAAAACGGAUUUGGGCAGUGGUAGUGGAAGCGACUGAAACAGAAUUUCGGCAAGAUGGACAUUUUAGUUAUGUUAAUCCGGCCAGUCGUUGAUAUUGGCAUUCUUGUCCAUCUUUCAAGCAAUUUUUGUACCUCUCUCAUCAACGGAUCAUAAUUUGCUUUAACAACUGUAUUAAUUGGGGGGGUAAUCUCAAUUUUGACUUAGGUAAAGCUCUCCUUCACACUAUAAAUGGGUGUAUUUAUAACUGGAUUAGUUCUUUCGUCUUUAUUCAAGAAAAGUAUAGAAGAUUUUGCAUUAUUAAUACUGUAUCCAGAAAACUGACCAAAUUUAUUAAGUGUAAUAAUGUCUGGACACUGUUUGAUAGAUUUGACAAAAAAAGAAUCACAUCAUCUGCAAACAGCGAUAUUCUAUGUUCAUGAUCUCCAAUUGUUAUACCUGACAAAUUGGCUUCAGCUCUAAUGGACAUGGCUAAAGGCUCAAUGGCUAAAAUGAACAAUAGUGGGGAAAGAGGACAGCCCUGACAGGUUGACCUCUCUAACGCUAACAGGUUUGAUAAAUUGUUAUUUGUCAUUACAUUUGCUGUAGGGCUGGUAUACAAUAAUUUUAUCCAUUUCAAAAAUGUUCCCCCAAGUCCAUAUCUUGGUAACAAAUUGAACAGAUAAGACCACUCGAUUCUAUCAAACACUUGUCUAGCGUCUAGAGAUAACAGCGCUGUAUCCCUAGCAUUAUUUUUAGAAUGGAUUAUGUUGAGGACCCUUCUAAUGUUAUGAAAACGAUUCCGUACAAACCCAUUCUGAUAACUAUGUACCAAAGAAGGAACAUAUGAAUCUAGCCUUUCAGCAAGAACUUUACACAAUAUUUUUGUAUCUACUCCCAUAAGACUAAGAGGCCUGUAUGAGGAGCAGUUAGUUGGUAUUUUCCCAGGUUUCAAAAUAAGGACUAUCAAAAUAAACUCUUUAAUGUCAAAGUUAAUUCAGAUUUCUACAAAGUAAUGUCAAUUAAUUAAAAUAUUUAAUGUAAAAUAAGUGAUUACAUCACUAUUCGUCCUUUUCAAGUUAGUAUUUAGUAGACAAAUAGUAGUACAACACUGGGUCUGUGUGGAUAGUUGGGGGUAAAUACUUUUUUUAUGCAUUGCAAUAAAAAUUAAUCAAAAAAAGCAUUUUUUGCUUCAACACACUCUUAAACUUAAAAAUGGGAUAUGGUCUUAUUUAUUUAAGUUUUGUUUUAUUACUCUGGGCUCCAUGUGGUGUGGCCAAACAAUUGUUAUUUCGUUAUUUCCUCAUUAAAUAGUUGCAGAGAGGUUUCUUCAUAUUUGUUUCCCUUUGUUUAAAUACUGAUAUUUUUUUUUUAAAUGAGUAUCCUGUGUUCCAUUUCUUCAAGCAGUAACAUUGGUUCCUUUAAUCAUGACUUAAGUUUCACCACUGGGGGCGUCCACUGGAAUGAAACAUUUAAAAGCAGCAGAAGCAGAGUUUGAGCUCAGUUAGGCAGGAGUCUCAUUCACACAGCAUAUACUGUACCUAACCAUUUCAUUGACUGUAUAUGAGAGUGGCAAGUUUGACAUGUUUGUCCCAAGUGGUUACUCAUUAAUUUGUGUUGGACAGUGUUGAUGCUUUAGCUUCACUUUGUGAUAAAUGUUAAAAUUCAACUGUUGUGAACCAAAAGGAUGAUCAUAAUAAACUCUUCACAGGUUUCAUAUUUUUCACUUGGUGCCUACUUUGACACUGAGUUGUUUAGAUACCUAUUUUUCAUGAUUGUCAUGUCUUUAUACAUUCUAAUCCUUUGCUCUAACCUCUUGCUCAUCAUGGUUAUCUGCAUGAACAGAAGCUUACAUGAACCUAUGUACAUUUUCCUGUGCAGCCUGUUUGUAAAUGAACUGUAUGGUAGUACAGGGUUGUUUCCACUCCUGCUGGUUCAGAUCCUCUCUGACGUUCACACUGUUUCUGCUUCAUUUUGCUUUCUGCAGGUUUUCUGUUUGUAUUCUUAUGGGAGUGUAGAAUUUACUAACUUGGCUGUCAUAUCUUAUGACAGAUACCUUGCUAUAUGUUGUCCUCUACAGUAUAAUGCACAUAUGACAUCCAAUAAGGUAGCCAUUCUUAUCGUUGCUACAUGGUUACCUCCCUUUUUUGCUGUUUUUGUCACAACAUUCCUGACUGCCUCUUUACAGCUGUGUGGAAACAUCAUUGAUAAAGUUUACUGUGACAACUACUCCAUCAUAAAACUGGCUUGCUUUGACACCAGAAUAAAUAAUGUCUAUGAACUCACUGCUGCUACUCUUACAGUCUGUGUUCCAGUAUGUGUAAUAUUUUACACAUACAUAAAGAUCCUUAAAGUUUGUUUUUCUGGUUCUAAACAGACCAGACAAAAAGCUGUCAGUACCUGCACACCUCACCUGGCUUCCCUUGUGAAUUUUUCAUUUGGAGUUUCCUUUGAAAUACUACAGAACAGAUUCAAUAUGAACAAUGUACCAAAUAUGUUGCGAAUAUCUUUACCAUUGUACUAUCUUACAUGCCAGCCGCUGUUCAACCCUUUAAUGUAUGGCUUCAGCAUGUCCAAAAUAAGCAUCACAUGUAAAAGUCUGCUUUCAAGUUCUGUUGGGAAGUGUAAAUCAUCCAACAAAUCUGUUCAAAAUGACAUAAAGUUUGACAAGAUAAGAAAAAGGCCAUAAAUUUGUUCUAUCAAUAAACAGUUGAUGCACAUUUUCAUUUGCAGUCUGAAAUGUGAUCUACUUACUCUUUUAUUUUCACCCUAUGUGUGAAUCUUCAAAUGCAGCAAAGGCACAUAAUCAAAAGAAAAGAAGUGAGUGAACUUACAAAAUAAAGUAUAUUUGGUUUCAUAAACUUUGAGUCCAUUUGAGAUUGUGUAGCUCCAUUUGAGUAUUUCUGUUAUUAUGUUGUGGGAUUUUACA